CCGGUGGGGUCCGGUCGGGACCGGCGUGAGGCGAAGGGCGCCAUGGCGGGCGCGGGCUGCGCGGGACAGCUGGCCUGUUGCUGCGGAUCGGCCGGCUGCUCGCUGUGCUGCAAGUGCUGCCCCAAGAUCAAGCAGUCCACCAGUACGCGCUUCAUGUACGCCCUCUACUUCAUCCUGGUCGCCCUCAUCUGUUGCAUCAUGAUGUCCAAGACCGUGGCCGCCAAGAUGCAGGAGCACAUUCCGUUUUACGAAGACAUCUGCAAGGGCAUCCAGGCCGGAGACACCUGUGAGAAGCUGGUGGGCUACUCGGCCGUCUACAGAGUCUGCUUCGGCAUGGCCUGCUUCUUCUUCCUCUUCUUCCUCCUCACCCUCGGAAUCAACACCAGCAAGAACUUCCGCGCCUACAUCCACAACGGCUUCUGGUUCUUUAAACUUCUGCUUCUGACAGCCAUGUGUGCUGGAGCGUUCUUCAUCCCGGACCAGGAUACCUUUCUGGACGCCUGGCGCUACGUAGGGGCCGCGGGCGGGUUCCUCUUCAUCGCCAUCCAGCUCAUCCUCCUGGUGGAGUUCGCCCACAGAUGGAAUAAAAACUGGAUGGCGGGCACGGCACACAACAAGCUAUGGUACGCGGCUCUGGCUCUGGUGACCCUCUUCUUGUACUCGGUGGCGGUGGGAGCCCUGGCCCUGAUGGCCGUGUUCUACACCCGCCCCGACGGCUGCCAGUACAACAAGAUCCUGCUGGGCGUCCACGGCGGCCUCUGCCUGCUCGUCUCCGCCGUGGCCGUCACUCCCUGCAUCCAGAAACGACAGCCUCACUCCGGCCUACUGCAGUCGGGGCUCAUCAGCUGCUACGUCAUGUACCUCACCUUCUCCGCGCUGUCCAGCAAACCUGCAGAAAUAAUUGUGGGCAAGGACCAGAAGAACAUCACCAUCUGCGUGCCCGACUUCAGCCAGGAGUUCCACACCGACGAAAACCUGGUCACCGGCCUGGGCACCACGCUCCUCUUCUGCUGCAUCCUGUACUCCUGCUUGACUUCGACGACCCGGUCCAGCUCGGAGGCCCUGCGGGGACGCUACGCCGCACCUGAGACUGAAGUGGCUCGCUGUUGCUUCUGCUUCGUCCCUGAUGGAGAUGACGCGUCGGAGCAAGACGUGAAGAAGGGAGGUCAGCAGGUGAUCUACGACGAGAAGAAAGGCACCGUGUACAGCUACGCCUACUUCCACUUCGUCUUCUUCCUGGCCUCGCUGUACGUCAUGAUGACCGUCACCAACUGGUUCAACUACGAGAGCGCGCACAUCGAGAAGUUCUUCACCGGGAGCUGGUCCAUCUUCUGGGUGAAGAUGGCGUCGUGCUGGGUGUGCGUCGGGCUGUACCUGUGGACCCUGACGGCCCCGCUCUGUUGCCCGACCAGAGAGUUCUCCGUCUGACGCGGCCCCGCCCGCCGGGACCCCGUCGUCCCCCCGACCCCCGCCGCCGGCCGGCCGGCCUUCGGUCGGGGGCCGGAAAUCCGGGGCCGAGGGCCCGCCGGGCCUCCCGCCGCUUCGUCCCGGGUGGACGUCGGGCAAAGAGGACCCGUCUCUCCGGGAAUGGGGCACGGCCCCCAGCCGCGACUCCCGCUCCCGGCCCCUGCCUCUCGGCCGCACGCCGGGCCUUCUGGUCGGUUCCACCCCUUCCCCCCAGCCGGGUGACUGGGCCGGGUCGCCUGGCCACCGGUUCUUCCCACACACCGUUUGUGCCUGAAUCCCAAGGGCGUCCGCCCGGGCAACCUCGCCAGCCCGGCCACGGGGCAGCCUCCCACGUCCGUCGGGCUGGAGAGAGGAGUGGUGCCUAUUUUUCUCGAACGCCCCUUGAGAGGUGUCCGCGCGGGGCCUCCUGGGGCCGGGCUUUUUGGCGUAAUUUGGUGGCUUCCUGCCGGAGUAGGCGUGGGUGGGUGGCAGGAGGGAGUCGGGGUGGAGGUAGCCAAGAUGGAUCGUUCCUCACGUUUUUACGGGCCUUUUUUGUCCCCCCCUUAAAGCCCACCUGUACUACUCAUCUCAACUUAUCCCCACCACAUCCGAGAGUAGAGAGCCCGUCGGUGGUAUUUAAUCGAGCAUUUACUGUGUGCAGAGCACUGUUUCAGGUGCCCGGAAGGGUUCGGUAGAGUUGCGUUGACUCCCUCUGCUUCGGCGGGGAGGAAACGGAGGCCCAGAGAGGUGAAGUGACUCGCCCGAGGUCACCCUGCCGCCGGGGUCCCCCGGGCUGGGGCCGUUUUCGGGUGUCGGCAGGUCGGAGGGGAUCCACGGCCGCCCGGUUGUUCUACGUCAUUUUGUGUCGGGCUCUCGUCUUGGCGUUUCACUGGCUGUGUGGCCCGGGGCAGGGUGGUCCCAGGCCAUCCUGUCCCCUCGCUCCUCCGCCCGUCUGUCCAUCCGUGUUGUGGUUCCCCCCCCCCAGCCCCCCAAUUCUUGCCUUUUCUGUCUUCCCUUUCCUGGGGUUGGGGAUUGGUAGGGGUGGGGGGGCGCAUCGCGUGUUUGUGUUUCUGUUCUCUGGGAGUUUACAUUGGUGCUUCAAGGGCCGCUGGGACUCUAUUUCAGACCAACUUGGCUUCCGGCUCUGUCUGACCCCGCCACCCCAUCUUGGGUUGGCCCCGACACCCUCCAGCCCUGAAACGGGUGCGGGGCCGGUCAGGACCGGGGCCAAAUAGAUGAGCAGGCAGGCACGGACUGGGCUGGGGGGAUCAGACUAGGUUCUCUUAGUGAGGAACAAGGUCGCGGGGGGUCCCUGCACAGGUACUGGGCGGCCAGACCCUCCCAGAACCCUUCUUUCCCCCCGGAUGGGUCUCAGACCGUCCCCAGCUGGGUUAUUUUCCCCCCUAGCCCCUCCAAAUUGCUGAAGUCCCAACGUGUGACUAAGUAAGCUCCGCCUUGGGAGGGCCAAGGCUUCAUCUUCGGCCGGGGUUGCGGAGACACCGGGGAAACUUCUCCGUCCCCCACCGGGAAUUCUGAGGCGGCCAAGUGCCUUCUUCCCAAAGUUUUCUUUCCGGUGCUCCCCUCCUUUCCCCCCUUCACCUCCCCCCUCGGUGCUGGGGGGGGCAUCCGGAGCAUCCACGGAGCGCUUUGGGCCCCCCCCCGGCUCCGGGGGGGCUGGGUGGGUGUUGCGUUUCUAACCAAAGAGUCUUCCCUCGGUGGAGCCGUUGGUGGAGGUGAAUCCUGGGGAGGCCCGCGGCCUGAGGCCCCCACGUCUCCUACCAUGGGCCCCGGCAGCCCGUGCGGGUGAGUUUUGGCCAGAUUCUAAUAUAUGAUUUCAGAGGAUAUUUAUGAGAAGUAGAUGUUUCCCCCCCCACCUAUCAAGGAAGGUAAAAAAUGUGACUUUAUUUACCAAAACAGCUGCACAAGAUUUCCCCGUAGCUUGAGAUGUGACUCCUGCAGGUGGUUGUGUUUUUUUAGUUUGUUACCUUUCUAAAAGGCCCAGAAGGUGAGACUCCUUUACCCUGGGUGGAGGGGGGGUGGUCAGGCGGUCAUUCCAAUUGCCGAGCCGACCCCCUUCUGUCCCGACUGUUGGUCCCUGGAAUAACGAGCCCAGCUUGGGUUUUUGGUUUGUUUUUUAACUUUUCUAUCAAGCGUCCGGAACCUAGACCUGUCUUUAGAUUUAAAGUUUAGACAUUCCUAACGACCCAUUUUAAUAAAGUUUGAAAUGGAAUA